AGUUACACGAACGCUCCAGACGACCCGAGGGUAGGCGUACAAAAAUGUCAUACCCAGGAUGGUGAAGACCGAUCUUAUUUCGGCCUAAAUUUUUGACUUGAAGCGCCUUACUGGUAUCCUGUCAGUCUCGGAUAGAGCAAGAAAGUCCAACGAGGCAAGAUUUGUUUCGAAAGAUGGAUGACAAGCAAGAGGAAUAUGUCCUUAGACGUAGAGGGCAAGGCAAGAGCAGCGACAAAGGCUCGGCGAGUUUGACAGAGGCUUCUGAAGAUAAGAAGAAGGACAGACCUUUGGUAGAUGGAGAUGAAGUCAUUAACCUUAAGCCUAACACGUAUUGGCUUACAAGGAUUGUAUAUCUUAGAGGCAUUGCCUUCAUAUAUUUUGUGGCUUUCCUUGUGGCCUACAAUCAAAACAAACAGCUUAUAGGUGAUACUGGACUGCUUCCUUUGAAAUUGCAUAUGGAAGCCAUCAGUAAACAGGUUGGCAGUGACUGGUGGAAAAGAAUUCAAGCCGCUCCUACACUGUUAUGGUUAGCUGAACCCUGGCAUGAUGUUAAUCACUGGCUGGAUGGAAUAGCAAUGGGAGGGUUGGUCUUCUCUUUCAUCAUCAUCCUCACUGGAGCUGCCAAUGUCAUCAUUUUGCUCAUUUUGUGGGUCCUUUACCACUCUCUUGUUGCAGUUGGUCAGCGAUGGUAUGGCUUUGGUUGGGAGUCACAGUUGUUAGAAACGGGGUUGCUUGGAGUGUGGGGAGUCCCACUGCUGUCUCUUGCUGCUUUGCCUCAGAAAACCCCAACACCUUGGGUACUCGUAUGGGGCCUAAGGUGGCUGAUUUUUAGGAUUAUGCUUGGAGCAGGAUUGAUCAAGAUCCGCGGCGACAGAUGCUGGCAUGACCUUACCUGUAUGAACUACCAUUAUGAGACACAACCGGUUCCCAACCCAAUGUCAUACUACAUGCAUCAGUCACCUGAAUGGUGGCACAUGACAGAAACGUUCGGCAACCAUGUCAUUGAGCUGGUUCUUCCGUUUUUUACGUUUCUUCCCCGUGGUUUUAGGAUGACUUGUGGCUUUGGCCAGAUAAUGUUUCAGGUCAUUCUCAUCAUAUCAGGGAAUUUGAGUUUCCUCAACUGGCUCACCAUCGUACCAAGCUUGGCCUAUUUCGAUGAUCGUUCAUACUCUGUCUUCUUCUCCAAAUUAACCAGAAGAAGAGUGUUUGAUCUUCAGCAGAUGCAAGAAGAAGAGUCACCAAUGGUUGAUCCAGGCUUACUGAGAAAAUUUGUGAACAUGGUUGUUGCAAUGAUGAUUGGCUACCUGAGUCUGCCAGUCAUCCUUAAUCUCGUCUCAUCACACCAGGUCAUGAACACUUCCUUCGACCCAUUCAGGAUUGUCAACACCUAUGGUGCUUUUGGAAGCAUCACUAAGGAGAGGACAGAGGUGGUGUUUGAGGGCACACAUGCCUGGGAUCCAGAUGCAGCUGAUGCAGUGUGGGAGGAAUAUGAGUUCAAGUGUAAGCCUGGAUGGACCGAUGCAACGCCUUGCCUCAUCUCACCCUAUCAUUACCGCCUCGAUUGGUUGAUGUGGUUUGCUGCCUUUCAGUCAUAUGAACAUAAUCCCUGGAUCAUUCAUUUAGCUGGCAAAUUUCUAAUGAAUGAUGCAGAAGCUUCAACAUUAAUUUCACACAACCCAUUCCUUGGCAAAGACCCUCCAAGAUUUGUACGGGCACUUCACUAUAGAUACUGGUACACAAGCUUUUGGGAUGUAGAUAGGCGACACUGGUACAAACGUUCAAUAAAAGGCAUUUAUCUCCCUCCCGUAGACAUACGUAUGCUCAAACCACUCUUCAGGCGAAUGCAGUGGAGAUCUCUUGGUUGAUGAGAAAUAGUUACUAUAAUUCCUUUGCGUUUGUUGUUUGUUGAUCUUGAAUAUAGAAAUGUUGUUGAUAUUCACAGUAUUUUCUUUACAAAGGAUAUGUAUAUAUAUGUAUAUAAUUUUUUUUUUUUUUUUUUUUUUUUUUUUUUUUUUUUUCUUUUUUUUUUUUUUUUUUUUUAUGCAUAUCAGAUUUCCACUUUAGUUUUAUUGAUGCAGAUUUGUUGUUUUUUACUUGCACAUUGAAAUAUUAUUACUUUAUACAAGUGUUUACAUUAACCUGUAGAAGGUCAUCCACAUGUUUGUGUGUAUAUGAAUAAAUGUGUUUUCAGUAUCCAGCCACAAGUGGAUCAGAUAAAGUGUGAUAACUGCAGUAAUUGUGUUUGUAAUUAUGUCGGGUAAUAGGAACAUUGUUGCCAAGAUAAAAGAAAAAUAGACCAAAUCUGUCUUUGGAAAAUCUGAUUUAGUGGUAAAUCAUAUUUUCAGAAAAAUGAUAUGAACAUUGGAAUGAAUUUGAACUCCCUGUGGAAACCUGCAGAUAAAAUCAGUUGGGAUGCAAAUAACAGUCAGGCACCUCAGCUGAGUCCAUUUUUCAAAAAGUGGUGGCCUCUUUUCAUGCCUCAUCUUUGGUGUGAAAAGUGUAUGAGUAUGAACCAGCAUACCUGGUACUGUCUGGCCUUUUUCCUCUGGUUUCAAGGCCACAUAGAGGAAUCCCCUUCUUGUUUUUACCUCCUACUGCCUCUUCCCACUCAGUCAUCCCACUGUUUCCUCUCCAGGCCAUCAAAGGCUACUUAUUAAACACACAAUCCCAUCCCCUAACCUUUCCCAAAGAAUCCUCUCAUUUUCCCCUCUUGCAAUCAUCUCUACGCAUUAAUAGAAGGUACUCAUCAUAUUACUUUGUAUUUCUUAUUGCUGUUUUAUCACUUACACAUAUAAAUACAUGUUUUACUGAGUUAUGAAUGAAGAUGAGGGUUUUUAUUACUUUAUUUGUAUUUUAUUUACAUUUUUUGGUGAAUGUGCCCAUUUUUAUAAUUAUGCAAAGAGUACCUUUUUCGAAUCUUUUUAAUGUUUGGUGUUAAAUGCACUGAAAAGUAUUUGUUCAAAAAGAGAGAAAAAAAAAUGUGACCAGGGGAGGUACUAUUGGUUUAGUUUGAUGUGACCUUUUAUGGGUUAAUAAAUCAUCUGGAAUUCAUCAACAUAACUUUGACCUUGUUGACUUUGUGAAUAGUGUAAGUAGCAUAGUUACAUGUCAAGUUUUACUGAUGGAUGUAAUGAGCUGUUUUAAGUUUUAAAACAGGUAUGUCAAACUCAUUUCCUCUAGCAACCCAAUAUAGUAGCAAUUUAACUUGGGUAGGGCAGAUAACAUAUGUAGUGUAAGAGAUAAAAAGACCCCUUUAUAAAUUGUUUAAAAUUAAAUAAAGAAUUUUAAAGGGAGUAGACAAACAGGCUACUUGAUUAAUGAAAAAUCUAAGACUAUAUUGGGCUACAUGUUUGACACCUCUGCUUUAAACAUCGUUCAUGAAAACUAUAAUUUACAGGAUAAAGGAGAAAAGAUUUGCAAAGUUGUUUACUGAGGUCUUAUGCUAUAGUUACACUAUUCAUAAAAAAAUAUGGGAUUUAUAGCUUCCAGUAGGCAGUAUGCAGUCCAUCCACUGGUUUCAGAUAAAACAAUCAUCCUGCAGAUUAUUUAUUUUCUGCAGAUAGCCAGUAUGAAACCAUGGACUCAACUUCUUAUGCUCAUUUUUGUCGUUCAGUGACAAAGAAAUACUUCAGUGUGUAGGACAACUGAUUUUUUUAUGAAUAGUAUAACAAUGCCAUUACUUUUUUUUUCAAUAUCUGAUGCAAGUGUUCUUGGUGCAAGCACAAAAAUUCCAUUUUUCUAUCACUUAAGGUUCAAAUUUUGUGCCUUGGUGCCUGUUGACAUUGAGCUUAAUAUAUGUGUAAAUUUUAGUUGAAUUGAAUUUGUUACCCUGGUCUUAGUCUAGGUUGUGAUUUUUUCCGGACUUUUGAUGUUGGUAAUAUAUCUUCAACUUUUGUAAAGAAAACAUUGUGAUAGUACUUCAUCUUGUUUAUUUAGUCUUUGAAGUAUGAUAUUGAAAUUACGGAUAUCAUGAAUGUGAACCCAUUCACUUCAUUUGUAAAAAUUAGUGUAAGUUAAAUAUAUCAACAUCUAUGAUGACACUCUAUUUGCCACUGACACUAAUAAUAAAGAUUAUCAAUUGUAAAGUAGUGUAAUUAUGAAUUUUGUGAAAUCUUAUUGAAAUAUAGAAAAAAAUAGUUAAUAUCUUGUCUGAUUAGCAGGGAUAAAUGUACCUGUAUUCCAAACCCUCCAUCUUUGGAAUAUGAUAGAUAGUGAAACUGACACAGAAAUUAUUUAAUUAAAGCCAGUGGCAUUAUAAUGUUCUUGAACAGUGUCUGGUUGGUCUCCUCUACCUCAAAAACAAAAAAAUUCAAAACAAUCAGCUUCAGGUUGAGCUCAGAUAGUAAAAUCCUGUCUUGUUACGUAAUAACUAUGCAAGAUCUCCAUUUUCCAAGCAAGUAUCCAGAGAUUGUUCUUGGCAGUCCUUUGAUACUACCAGGUCUUUCUUUUCCUUAACCUUCUUACUCAAGGUUGUAGAUCUGUAAAUAGUUACCAUAGAUUAAUGGUGAUGUUGGUCACUGUAUCAUGCAUGUAACUGAAUUUGACAGAGCUACUUUCAACAUUUUUUUGUGUCUAAAUUUGAGAUAACCUUUGGUUCAAAAUCUACUGACAAAUGUGUGACACCAGUUUUGUGAUGGUAAACUUGUAGCUAUAUCAUCUAUCUUCUGACAUUUAUUUGUUAUUUUUUUCUUCACUUUAAUUAAUCAUUCAGCAAGGUUAAUAUUGCAUGUAACGGGAUAAAAGCAUCCUACACUUAUGGUUUUGUGUGGACUGAAAUAUCAUAACUUGAUGUAGUAAGUAACAGUUCACUAAUUCAGAAAUCAUGAUUUUCCUACUUAUAAGCAAAAUUAAGUGUAUGUACUUCACUUAUAUAUCGGAGUCAGUUCUUAUAUGUGAAUUAAAUGUAGUUAAAAAGCCCCAGAGAGAAGUAACAGUUUUUCUAACAAAGUAUAAUUUUGAGAUUAAUAAUUUGCCGCUGAGCAUAGUGAUGUCCAUUUUAAAGUAAUGUCUUCAUCAGUAUAAUUAAAUCUUGUUUAUAAUAUUUUUUUCAUUGAAGGUUAUGUACUUUUGUUUCAUGAGCAAUAAAAAUUAGCCUCCAAA